AUGGCACACGAAGAUACAGAAUGGCUGGAUCCCUUAGCAGUUUUUACAACAUCACCAGAGUGUAUCUAUGGAGUAUCUCAUAUAGCCCUACCUACCAAACACAGACUGAAUGAUAAAAAGUACCAUAAGUCCUCAGAGAAAGGUGACCAAAAAGAGAUUUUACUGUCCAUAGAGGCUAUUCAUCCAUUAACUGGAGAAUCAGUUCCUAUCAUCGUGUCUCCAGACAUUCAGAAUAUACCAUACACACCUGACAAUGAGCAUUUAGCCAUUCCAUGCAUCAGUGACGAGGACAAAUCAGUUGCUGAUGCUAUGGGGUUUUCCUAUGAUGAUGUAGUUGAUGAGAAUUAUAUUGUUAAGUCUGGACAGUUUUCUGGACUCGGUAGAGAAGAGGCUUGUGAAGCUGUACUGGAGUAUGCUAAAGAGAAGAAGAUUGGCGGUCACCUGAUCAGCCUGGACUCCAAGGAUUGGCUGAUCUCCAGACAGCGAUAUUGGGGAACUCCCAUUCCCAUCGUACACUGCAGCAACUGUAACGCAGUACCAGUCCCACUGAAUGAUUUGCCAGUGAAACUUCCUGCUAUCACAGAAUUCACAGGGAAAUCCUCACCAUUGAAGCAAUCCACUGACUGGCUCAAAGUGACAUGUCCCAAAUGUGGCUCCCCAGCAGAAAGAGAGACAGACACAAUGGAUACGUUUGUGGACUCCUCAUGGUAUUUCCUGCGUUAUCUGGACGCUCACAACACGGAGGCUCCGUUCUCAUCGUACAAAGCCAACAAGUACAUGCCUGUAGAUCUGUACAUUGGAGGAAAAGAGCAUGCCAUCCUCCAUCUGUAUUUUGCCCGAUUCUUCAAUCACUUCCUGUGUGACUCUGGUUUGCUGAAGCACAGGGAACCAUUCAUCCACCUCCUGACCCAGGGCAUGGUCAUGGGUGAAUCAUACUGUGUUAAGUCAAGUGGAAAAUACCUUAGGAAAGAUCAAGUGGACUUUUCAGGUGAGAAGCCUGUAGAAAAAGGGACAGGCGAAGAAGUACUGGUGCAAUGGGAGAAGAUGAGUAAAUCCAAGUACAAUGGGGUGGAUCCUCAGGAUGUAAUAGACCAGUACGGAGUGGAUGCGACCAGACUGGCCAUUUUAGGAACGGUUCCUCCAAAAGCAAACAGAGAGUGGUCAGAACAAGCAUUUGUGAACAUCACCCGCUGGCAGGGGCGUGUCUGGAGCACCAUUACUACGUACAUAGAGCUGGCAAAGGAUCCAAAAUCUUCAGAGAUGGAUCCAAAGAAACUCACUAAGAUUGAGAAUGCUCUAUUUCAGGACAGAAACCACUUGAUACAUGAGGUUACAAUAUCACUGGAGACCCUCUUCAACACUAGCAUUGUUAUGACUCUUCUAUUUGACUUCAUGAAGAAGAUAAAGGGUGUGCCAGAUGGAGCUAAACAUGUCAGCAAAGAGUAUGAGAAGUGUCUGGCAGACAUGAUAAUUAUGAUCGCCCCAUUCGCCCCAAGUUUUGCAGAGGAGCUGUGGGCAGGGUUGAGUAGUGUGGCGAGAAGCAAGGACUACCAAUGGCACAAGAGCAUCUUCGACCAAAGAUGGCCAUCUGUUGACACCAAUAUGAUGGUGAAAGUGAAACUAGUCAUGAAUGGUGGAAAAUCUGUGGGACAGAUCUCUGUCAAACUGAAGGACUGUGGUUGUCUCAGUGAAGAGGAGGUCCUACAACUUUGUAAAAAGGAGGCGAAAUUUAAUCGUAGUGUUGGAGAUUCCUUUGUAGGAUUCCAGUGGAGCCAAAAUGAGUUUCUUCAACAUGUGUUAGACUUCUCAGUGCCAAGUCAUGAACAACAGAAUCAAUAUUUUAAGGAAGAAAGGGGAAAGAACUGAAGAGAAAUUAGUUUGAGCCAUUCAAUUUGUACUUUGAUCAUAAAUUUGACUUUGUAUAAAUUCUAUUUCUGUCAUAUAGAAAUUAUUUUCUUUUUUGUGGGAGUGAUUUUUAAAAAAAAAUCUACAUGGACAUGUAGAUACCGGUCGAAUGAGAAAAAAUGUUUAUAAAAUCUUUUUUGCAAGAACCAUGUGCAAUGAGACAGUUGGUAACAAAAUCACCCUAAAGUUCUGUCAAACCAUGACCUCUUCACCCAUGAUGACGCCCCAAUCUAUGCCAUUUUUCUGUGAAACAUUCAAUGCAUGUACAAGUUUACCACAGGCACCUGGUAUUUAUUUUCUCACAAUGAAAAAUAUACCUUCCCCCUUACUUAAUAUUACAAACAUGUAUUGUGUAUAAUAGGGUUAGGAGUAUAUUUUUCAUUACAAAAAAAUUAAGGAAUACAAGUAAUGUUGGGUACAUGUGCCUUGAUGUAUAGAAGUCAAACAGUAUGUACAAUUAAAAAAAUAAUACUUGUGUGAAAAUCUUUUAUUUCAAUCUAGUAGCUAUAAUAAUGCUGUAACGAUUAACAUACACCAGUAAAUGUAUAUUAGACAAUGAAUGCACAAAGUUCCUGAACCGAAAAAUAAAUACUACAAACAUUUUAUGUACUUCAUAAAAGAAUACCUUAAAAUGUAUAAAAUUAAAUAAAUUAUUUAAAUAUAUAUAACACAAAAGACAUCUAUUAAUAACAUGCAUUUUAAAUAAAAUAUAAAAAUAUUAAUGUAUUAAAAAUCAAGUAGGGUAAGUCAAGGAAAUUAAUUUGAAUAGUACAUUGUAUAUAACAAGCAAAAUAUUAUUAAAGAGUAUCUAUAAUGCCAUGCCAGUUAUAUAAUCUCAGAAUGCGUAAUGGUGUUAAUGGAAUAGCAGUAACCUUGACCUCAGACAUGGAUAAUUGUCUGAGCAUAAUGUCUUGGUGAGUCACACCUGAUCAAUUUCAGAUUUAGGAACAUUGCUUAUAACGAUCAUAUUUCUUUGAGGCAAUAUUUGGUUUCAAGUUAUUGGUCCUGAAGAACCUUUAAUGAUGAUUUAGAACUACUGUAAACAUUGACUGGUUAGAAAUGACCUUGAAAAGGUGAAGGUCAUGACCCAAUGAUAAUUUAAUAUCAUUUUCUUGUUUCAACAAUGUAACAAGUAAAAGCUGUCAAUGUGACAGCAGACCGGAUUUCCUCUUUCCUCAGGGAUUACUAAACAGUAAACCCUGAAUUGAUAAACACUAUAUAUACAUGUACCUAUCCAGAGAAAUAAAGUAC